GCGAACGUGAAGCAGUGCGGCUUGUUAUGAAACAAGUUGGACAAAGCGCUCCAAAGAUUCAAAAACAUAUUAAACAGCGGCGGGCAGAGAAAUAAGGAACGAAAUGUCCAUUAAAGUCGGUGGAGCAUUCCGGCGGUCCGGUGGCGUCGUGUCCGCCAUCGGAAAGCAGCUGAAACUGGUGAACCUCAAAGCGGUCCACCGGGUAACCGUUGCGUUCGAUCCGUUCCACGAAAGCGCCGUACCGACAAGGGAAUUUUUGCACCACCUUUCGGCGCCGAAAAUCUCACAAACCAACCCAACCUGUCUGCUGAAAACGGAAGUACUCUGUGACCGACGACCCCCUUCGAUAGUGUUUCAACUGAUCCCAUCGGUACAAGCCGAGGCGAAGCUGAAAAAGAUUGAACUGAAGAGCGAAAAUCUGACGACACUCGAGCUGCUGAAACUAUGCAAUAAGCACGUCAGUGCGCUCGCACCGAAAGAGGAUACCUCGAGCGCCGUGAAGACCAAGUCGGAAAAGAAGGCAGGAGCGGGUGGUGGUGGCAAGCGACGAUAG